AUGCUGCUGGACGCCGCCAGUGAUGACCUCGUGGAGCCGGAUCAGGUGCGACGACUGCUGAAGGAGCUGCGGGAAGUCCGCACGGCCAAGAUCCGUGCGGGUGUAGAUGUGUUGGACGCUGCCGCCACGGGUGGAGGCGGGGUCGCGCUGACGGGUGUUGGGGCGAUGGAGCUGGGUGAAGGGAGAGGCUUCAUCGCUGGGGUUGUGGAUGGAUUGAGAAAGAUUGGCGCGUCGAAGGAGCAAGCUCGGCGCGAACAGAUGGCCGAGGAAAUCGCUAAUGGCGGUUAUGAUGGCACGCAGGAUGACGACGACAUGGAAUUCUGA